UUUUUCUUGAAGAGAUCAUUGAAAAAUACAAUAAUGGAUACUCGGGAAUCGAAUAAUAAUGAAGAAGACGAGGAUGGAAAAAUAAUAAUGGAAGAAAAUAUUGAAGGCAACAAUUUUUGUGAAUUUUCUGAUAAUGAAUCCACGAAGAGAAUGAAUAAUCGAGAACAUUCAUCAAAUAAUGUUCAAACUAGCGAUGACGCGGAAAUUUCAAAUGUUGUUGCAACAACAACAGCAACCAAUUCUCAUUUAACUCCUUCUGAGGCAAACUUUUUUCAAGCCUUUAUACGAAUGGCGGUUGCUGUGUUUUUGGUCCUUAUUUUAAUUUAUUAA